AUGAAGAACGGGCCCUUGGCCUUCCUCGUCCCACUCUCGCUCCAAGCCCUCCUCCUCCACCCCGUCUUCCCCUCGACCCUCUCUCGCCUCGUGCGCCUCUUGCUCACCCCGUUCAGCCUCGCCCUCUCGUUCGCAACCCCGUACCGCUACGCCAUCGAACCUCGAAACCAGGCCAUCGGCGUAAACUUCGUCAUCGGCAUCAUGGGCGCGUACGGCAUCAUGAAGGGCCUCGAGUGGGGACUCGCAGCCGAUCUCCUCCCCUACACCUUUGUCGGCUUCGACCCGGCCACCGGCACCACCGCCAACGCCCAGGACAAGGCCGCCACGACCCGCGACGACCGCCUCGAGGCUCGUCGCCGCCGUCGAGCGCACCUCGCCGCCCUCAGGGCCAAGCGCGCCGCCGAGGACGGGCCGAUCGACAUCCUGCGCGCGACCGCCCACCUCCUCGUCUCGAUGCGCGGCCAGGGCUACGAGUUCUGCGGCACGACGACGGCCCCCUUUGCGCUCGACCACGCCGCCUUCUUCUCGCGCGUCGUCAAAGAGGUCGCGUGGGCCCACCCGCUCCUCGUCCUGUGCUCGGCCGCGCUCCUCGAGCCCCCGACGAGCCGCGACGCCGCCCUGUUCGCCGUCCUCCCCUCGGCCCUCGUCGGCGACCGCGCCCCGCAAGAGCGCGUGCACGCCGUCGGCGAGGCCCUGACCGGGCUCGCCAUGGGCACGGCCGUCUUUGCCGCCCUCACGCUCGGGUUCAGCGUCGCGACCCUCGGCGCCUUCCUCGGCACGCUCGUCGUGCGCCGCAUCCCGUUCGUCCCCGAGGCCCUGUGCCCGCCACCCUGGGACGCGCGCGAGUACCCGCCACUGUUCAACCUCGCCGAGCGGCCUCAGAGCGUCGCCAAGUUCUGGUCUCACCAGUGGCAUUCCUUCUUUUCGCGGCCGUUCCGCUUCCUCGCGUUCAAGCCGACCCAGCGCGUCGUCGCGCCCGUCCUCGGCAAGUCGGCCGCUCGGGCCGCCGGCGUCCUCGCCGUCUUUGCCCUCUCGGCAUGGCUCCACGAGUUUGGCCUCGCCUCGGCCAUCUCGACCCUCCCUCGUCCCUCGUCGCCCCUCUCGUUCCUCACCAAGUGGGGCGGCUCGGUCUACUUCCUGUCGCAGGGCGUCGGCGUCGUGCUCGAGGGCGCCUUUACGGCGGCGACGGGCCGCAGGGUGCGAGGCUGGGCCGGCACGGUAUGGACGGCGGCGUUUGUCGCGUGCGCGGGAGGGUGGCUCUACUCGGCCUGGGUCACCCAGGGCCUCGUGCGCGAGGUGCCGCCCGUCCGGUACUGGGCCUGGCAGCGGUACGUCGUCCCGAUGGCGUGCCUCCAGCCGCCGCCCGUGUGGAUGAACGCGUACCCGACCAGCUACGGGCUCGAGCGGGCGGCAUGA